AUGGCUGCGGUAGCCCGAGCGGCAGAUCAUGAAGCCACUCUUGUGGAGCGGGAGAUGGAGCGUCUGGAGGCGCUCCGCCAGCGCCCGCGCGGCGACCAGAGAUCACGGUCAACCACGACCGCGACCACCGGUCGUCCUCAGCCCAAUCCAGCAGGACGGCAGGCACAAACUUCCACCAGGCAGCCUCCUCCUCGUACACCUCACGAGCCUACCGGCCGGACCUUGGCCUCACCUUCAGGUCAUCCCUCUACGUCAAAUUUGCCUUUCGAGUCGGCCCAGCCCAAUGGCGUCGCAGGGAAAGCCGGACGUACUUCGGAGGACUUGCGUGGUCAGUACGCUCAACAAGUAACGCGAGACGAUGCCCCUAUCGGCAGCCCAGGGCGUGUCACUUCGCUCACAAGAGACCUCCCCACCCGUCGCCGCGAAGAUUUGAUGUCGGAUUCCGAAGAAGCUGCCCGCGCGUCCAAGAAGAAACGCGCCGGGAACGAGAGCCCGUCUGCAGCGAGUGUCAGUUCACGCGCGUCCAAGAAGAAACACGCUGGGAACGAGAGCCCUUCUGCAGCAAGUGUCAGCUCACGAGGCGGGAAGCGCUCGCGCCCGGCUGCUAUCAGGCCCGUAGGCUCCUCUCGUUCCCUUCGCCCCCGGCCUAACCCUCCGGUCUACAACGAAGAACAGCUGGCAGCAGACAAUACCUCUGGACGCGGCUCGAGAUCCCGCCCUCCUGGCGGCACCGACGGAGCGCAGGACGAUGAGCCGAUGGCAGGGAUACCUUCAUACGACAGCUCGUUCGAUGUGCCUCCUCCUUCAAUGUUCCCUCGGCCCUUAUACGACGGCUCAUCAGAAGUACCUCCUCGGGUGCUCGCUCGACCCUCACCACCACCGUUCUCCCAGCCUUUCGCUCACCACGGUCCACCUGGAGUCGGUACGUCAAGGAUAUCUCGGCCCUCGACACCACCGGACCUCCUGCCCCAUCGGCUUCCGGGACGCAAGCAGAGUCAGAGGUUCGUGAAGGUCGCGAAGGGGGUGUUCAAGCGGGCAAGCCAGGUGGUGUUGAGGACGCCAAAGAAGGGAACGCUUUACUACUCAACAGACCUCGAAGAGCGUCCGAAGACGUCAGAUGGCCAGCCCGCUCACGAGUCUCCUACCAAAGCGCAGAAACCUAGCAAGAGGGCGUCAGUCCUUGGGUUGAAAUCUUUAUUCACCCACGGACGCUCGUCCGCCGGCUCUCACAGCCCCACGGCGGACAGCAACAGCCCCACGCCAGAAGGCGGUCCCACCUCUGCUCCUGGCCAGGGUGGGUCUGGCUCCAUGACAGCGUCCAGCACCUCUAUUCCGCCAUCACUUCCGCCGAUCGACACGUCGGUGACUUUCCACCGCCAGAGCGUUCUUGUGCACCGCCAGAGCGCUCUUCAUGACCUCCAGGGUGAUGACCGUCCAGGAGAUGAUCGCUCAGGAGAAGAGCCGACUAUUGACGAGGAGCAUGAGCGCACUCCCAGGCCUGACGAUCGCAUGCAGUAA